AUGAACUGGCAUAAUAAAUGCAGUAGGGCCGAUAUAAACAUCAUCGACCUCUCUCCCGGCCAGCAAACGCCAUGCUGCGUCAGCUGUGGGGAGAUUGCCCCUUCCGAGAGCAAGAUAGCAGCGAAGCCAACAGACAAUGAAUGGAACAUUCCGCGCGAGCCUCAUCCUCGCAAGCGAAACCUGUAUUGGCCAAGUUCUGUUGAAUAUAUCGACGAGAACCAGCCAGAGUAUGGCAACACGCUCAUCGAAUGCCCGAAGUCGGCUCUAAACCAGCAAGUGAAAGAGUUGAAUUUAUUCGAUGGACUGAGGGAAAACCAGAAACACUUGAUUUUUGAGAAGCUAGCCGGACGGCAAACCCGCUUGCUUACGCUGUCUAAAGGAGAACUGGGCGAUCCUCUGCACAUACAGCUAAAAGUGCGGCCGUUUAAAGCCGGGUUAGAAUAUGAAGCCCUUUCAUAUACAUGGGCUAACGAUACCGGAAAAAGAGGCGCAACCCACAUCGUAUACUACGGUGUUAGUUGGGAUGUUAUAAAGGUCACAGAAAAUUGCGCGAAUGCGCUCCGUAGGCUGCGGUAUCGGAGCAGGCCGAGAACACUCUGGGUCGAUGCAAUCUGCAUCAAUCAAGAGGACGUUGCGGAAAGAAGCCACCAAGUUGAUAUGAUGGCUGAGAUAUAUGCCUGUGCGAAGCAAGUAGUCAUCUAUCUCGGUGAGCAAGAGCCUACUGAAAACCACGAGGAGCAGAUUGCAAUACUCUGUAAGCGGCCAUACUUCUCAAGAAUUUUGGUUGUUCAAGAGCUGGCCUUUGCCAGGGCCAAACGCGCUGUUUGCGGCUCCAAGUCUUGGGACUGGACCGAAUUUUACUUGGCAUCUCAGGGGGUUUCCUGGCUUAGGCAUGUCUGUGACCGCAACUUCUAG